AUGGGCCCGGGGAUGUGGUCCCGAAAGCAGAAGCGCAUCGUGCAGACGGUGGUGCUGGUCAGCCUGCUGCUCGGCUUCCUCUACGGCGCCAUGCUCCACUGGGAGCUGCAGGCCCAGCUGCGCCAGGCCCAGGCCGUGGCCCUCAAGUACCAGCAGCACCAGGACUCCCUCUCCGCCCAGCUGCAAGUUGUCUACGAACACAGAUCAAGGUUAGAAAAAUCCUUACAGAAGGAAAGACUUGAACACAAAAAAGCUAAAGAAGAUUUUCUGGUUUAUAAAUUAGAAGCACAAGAAACUCUAAAUAAAGGAAGGCAAGAUUCCAAUAGCAGAUAUAGUGCAUUGAAUGUACAGCAUCAAAUGUUGAAAAGUCAACAUGAAGAACUGAAGAAACAGCACAGCAACCUAGAGGAGGAACAUCGCAAACAAGGCGAUGAUUUCACGAGAACAUUUAGUGAUCAUAAGCAGAGAUACUUACAGUUCCAGCAAGAGAAAGAACAGGAGCUGUCCAAAAUUAAAGAAACGGUGUACAAUUUGCGAGAAGAGAAUAGACAGCUGAGAAAAGCCCAUCAGGAUAUUCAUACCCAGCUUCAAGAUGUGAAGCAACAGCAUAAGAAUUUACUCUCCGAGCAUGACCAACUUGUAGUGACUUUGGAAGAGCACAAGAGCGCAUUAGCUGCUGCACAGACCCAAGUCGCAGAAUAUAAGCAACUGAAGGACACACUGAAUAUGAUUCCGAGCUUCCGAAAACCUGAAAGGACAGACCCACAAAACGUCCCACAGGUAGCUCCUUCUCCACGAGGUGCCAUCACAGCACACGAGAAAAACAUAGCAGACGAUCGAAGAGAGAUUUCCCGAAACGGCGCCAAAUGGCAAGAGCACGAGCAGGCAGAGCGCGCGAGGAGAACGGAGGAAGGUCAGCCCUUUCAGCCAGCCCCAAAGGAGAAGCAGCAGUUUGACCCUCCGGAGGAGCGAAGUCGCCGCCAGGACGGUGCGGAGCCUCCCGCGCAGGAGGAGCGGCAAGUUGAAGAGGAGCGGCAGGUUGAAGAAGAGCGCAAAAAGGAGCUCGAGGAAGAGGAGAUGGAGCAAGUUGGACAAGCCGAGCACUUGGAGGAGGAACAGGAUCGGGCUCCAGAGGAGCAGGAUCGGCGGUGGAAGGAGCAGCAGGAGCAGAAAGAGGAAGAAACCAACGUUCUCGGAGAACACGCUCAUUCAGAGGAACGUCCUUCAGCGAAGCCCGUGACGAGGGUCAAGACGGCCUAUGAAGAGCAGCGGGAGCAACAGCGCCUGGCGGUCCAGAGGGCUGAGGAAGCCCGCCAACUGCGGGAACGCCAGGAAUCUCUGCGCCAACAGAGGCUCCAAGGACACGUGUUGCGGCAGCAACAGCAACGCCAGGAAACAGAGCAGGCCCGGAGGAGGCAGGCUGAACUUGAAGAAGAGCGGCGUCACCAGAACCUGCUAAGGCAGAGAGCACAUUAUGAUGCCAUGGAUCAUGAUAUUGUUCAAGGAGCAGAGGAGCAGGGGAUCCAGGAAGAGGAUGGAGGUGCCUAUGAAAGGGACAACCAUCCCCAAGAUGAGGCUGAAGAAGAUCCUCAUAAUGGAAAUGAGUCUCAAGAGCAAGAUCACCAAGCAGAUAACCCAGAGGCUGAUAGGGCAGCUGAGGAGGAUGUGAAUCCGGCGGAUGACCCGAACAAUCAGGGAGAAGAUGAGUUUGAAGAAGCAGAGCAAGCGAGGGAAGAGAAUUUGCCAGAAGAGAGCGAAAAGCAUAAACUCAGCAAUCAAAAACCGGAGAAUGCAGAAAUGGACGAACAUUUGGUUAUGGCAGGAAAUCCAGACCAACAGGAAGAUAAUGUCGAUGAACAGUAUCAGGAAGAGGGAGAGGAAGAGGUACAAGACGAUUUGACUGAAGAAAAGAAAAGGGAAUUGGAACAAAAUCCCGAGGAGCCCUAUGGUGAAAAUGAUGAAAAUGUUGAUGAAAAGAACAACGAAGGUGAAGAGCAGGACGUUCAAGAAGAAAAUCAUCCAAGAGGGCACGAGGACAACUACGAGGAGGAAGAGGAUGAGGAAGCGGGAGCUGUUGCAGAAAAAUCCCACAGAAGAGCCGAAAUGUAAUUUGCCUAGUUUUAUGGGAAGCGAACAGCCAAGAGACUCUCCCGAAGCUGCUGAAAAAUAGGCCUACUGAACUCUAGGAUAUUUAAUUACAAAAAUUUGAAAUUUUGACUUUUUUACUUUUGUAUUAGAUGCUCUGACAUUUAUAUAGAUAAGCUAUUUUGAUAUUCUAGGAUAGUCCUGCUUUUUAUAUCCAAACCUAAUGUAAAAUAUCGACCACAAUUAAAAUGGCUUCUGAAACACAUUUUUCAAAGGACUUUUUGCAGUGCUUUACAAAACAAAUAUUUUGUAUGUGAUUAAACAUGUAACUUCUAGUUUAUCUACAUAUAUCCUUUUUCUAUUAUAGGGAAAAAACCUAGCGCCUUGAAAUAUGUGAUGUAGUUUUAUAAGCUUCAGGAAAACAAUCAGGUCAAUAGCUAUUCACCUUAACUGCUCUUUAUAUAUUGGUGUAUUAUAAUUCUAUCUCCGUCGUAUGCAACAAAGACAUAUUAAUAUCUGGUGCAAACGAAAUAAUGAGUACUUUACAGUUUAUACUCUGUUGGGACUAGGAUUUUUCCAGCAAUCAAACCAAAUGAGUGAGAAUGUGUUGGGGAAGGUGAAGUUUCUUUUCUUCAGAACUGUAUGUAUCUCUCUGCUUUGUAUUCGGAGGCAUUGGAAUUUGUGAUGGGAAUAAAUUGGUAGUGCUAAAACUACAAUGAAAUCAGACUGGGCCAGUUAUAUUUUGUUUAAUGAUCAAAUGGGCCUUGAAGAUUCAUCCUUCUUGAGAGUUUCGAGGGAGCUUGAUGUGUGUGGGGUUGGGAAGGUGUAUUCACUGCCAGGUUUUGUGACUCCUAAAUUUUCUUCCCUAAUUCAUCUGGUGAUGUUGAGAUCCUAAAAUUGUGUUCCAUCUGAGAUGAAUAUUUUGUUCUACUCCAGUGGCUUUUUUUCUCCUUAUGAAUGGAAAGUGAGGGUUAACCAGUUGAAUAAAAUAGGCUCAUGUGAAUGACCUUGAUAAACUGCAUUGCACGAAACCAUAUGCAACUAUAUCCAUUUUGAUACUAUAAACCCUUGUAGUUUUAAUCUUCUUCGAAGGGGUUCGGUUUAAGGUUUUUUUUUUCCUUCUUAUAUAGCAUUGGGUUGAUUCUGAACUAAUCCUGAAGAUUGGAAAUCUGGAUUUCGUAAAUUGCUUCAUUUCUUAAAAUGGAAUAUAUUUCAAUCACCAGCAUAAUAAAGGUGUAGGAAAGGAGCUUUUUAAAACAUAUAAUUUUAGAGUUUGUAUCUUUUUUAUAUUCAAAAUGGACAUUUUUACUGCUUUGCUAUGAAUGAAAUUUAAUCAAUUUUGGACUAACUUGGCCGAGUGCAUGUUCAUGUGUGAUUUUUAACUAUCCCUGCAUAUUUUUGAGGGGUUUUUUGAGUAUGCAUUGGACUGCUUUGGUGAAAUUUUUACUUAUGAAUCAGAUUUUACCUUGUGAAUAAAACCCUGAUUGUAUAAUGUAAAAUGUAUAUUAUUGUACAUAAUAUUCAAAAUUCAAUUAUUUUGGUAAAUUAGUUUGUAUUUAAUGUCAUAGUUGCAGUAUUUAAUUCUUUGAAGCAUAAUGAAACUUGGUUUCAGGCAAUAAAACUAGAAGGCGGGUCAUCUUU